AUGGUGCCCUUGGGCAGCCCCGCUCUCGCCGUCUGCGCCUCCAGCAACCUGCGCCUCAUGGCCCCGGGCCGCGGCUCCCCCCUGGCCUGGCUGAACCGGGGCCCCGAGUGCCCGCAGGGCCCGGGGGGCAGCGGGGGCCGCAGACCCAGCGCCGUGGAGCGGCUGGAGGCCGACAAGGCCAAGUACGUGAAGUCGCAGCAGGUGAUCAACAGGAGGCAGGAGCCGGCGCUGCGGGGCGAGCCCCGCCUGUCCCCGCACGGUCGCCGCCUGCUCGCCCGCCAGCAGUGCGGGGAGCUGUGCCCGGGCUCGGAGCUGGGCCGGGAGGGGCCCCGCAAGCUGCCGUGCCCCCAGUCCCCCGUGUCCCGCCGCAGCGGCAGCAGGCGCCUGCUGAGACCCGACUCGCUCAUCAUCUACCGGCAGAAACGGGACUGCCUGGGCGGGGACAAGGAGAACACCAAGGGCUCCGGGCUGGUGCGGCGCCUCUUCCAGGGACCCCUGAGAGACAGACCGCCCAGCUCGCCCCCCGCCAGGGCGCUGGGCGAGGGGCCCAGAGCCCCCCCGAGCCCCGAGACCCCCAUGCUGUGGUCGCCCGCGGAGAAGGAGGAGGCGCGGACACCGGGAGGUGACGGCGGCGGUGACAGCGGUGGCAUCUUCGCCGUGCCCGGCAGCCCCGAGGAGCAGCCCCCCGGUGUCCCUGGCAAGGAGCCGCUGGCUCUGCGCGUGUCGCUGCCGCUGUCGGAGCAGGAACGCUUCUUCAAUUACUGCGGGCUGGACCGGGCUCUGGUGGAGCUGCUGGGCCGGGAGCGCUUCGGGCCGGCGGGCUGGGACAGCGCCUCGGCCCGGCCCCCCGGCUCCUGCGACUCCGAGCCCGGGAGGGCCUCGGGGGGCAGCGAGAGGGACGCGAGGCCGGGCGAGGAGGAGCCGGACACCCGGCCGGGCUCCGCCGUCUCGGUGGUGGAACGCAACGCCCGUGUCAUCAAAUGGCUCUACGGCUGCCAGAGAGCCUGGGCGGCUGCCAAGGAGUCCACGGUGUGA